AUGGAAGACUUUCAAGUAGUGUAUAACGGUCAAAACUAUGACAUAAACAAAUUUUUGCGGGACCACCCGGGCGGUGUAAACACUUUAAAAAAAUAUAAAGGCAAAUCUAUAGUGCAAGCUAUGGACUCUUUUGGUCAUAGCACUAGUGCGUACCACAUGUUGAAUGAUUUCAAAAUUAAUGGUGAUUUGAAAGAUGUGAAUGUGACAGGAAAAGUGAGUGUUAACGGUAGGAUUAUUACUAAAGAGGAGUCCAAUAAAAGUUCCGAGGAGAUUGCGUUGUUGGAAGAAUUAGAGGCACGAUUAGAUUGGUCGAAACCUCUACUCGGCCAGUUACAUCUCAUAGCGUCACAUUACGAGCUAUGGGUGAACAGCGCUGUGUACAGAACGUGUAGACUCUUCGGGAAUCCCAUCUUGGAGAGUAUGACGUUUACUCCAUGGUACCUAGUGCCUAUGUUCUGGGUGCCCAUCAUAUUGUACCUGGGAAUCACACAGUUUAUUGAGCAUGUCGCUUGUGGCGACUCGUGUACAAAUGAUUCAAUAUCGUUAUUACAAUUCGGUGGACAUCUCACAUUUGGUAUGAUCCUGUGGACUGCACUGGAGUACUGCUUACAUCGGUGGGUUUUCCACCUAGAUCCAGGUUCUUCGUUAAAAUUGAUCACAUUACAUUUUGUCAUACAUGGACUGCAUCAUAAGAUGCCGUUCGAUGGACUACGGCAGGUGUUCCCCCCGAUCCCAGCUCUGGUCCUGGCCAGCAUCAUCUACGUGCCCUUCUGGCUAACGCUGGACUAUCCACGUAUCAAAUUGGCGGGUGGACUCAUUGGGUACCUCGCGUACGACAUGAUACACUAUUACGUUCACCACGGCUCCCCCAGGGAUGGUACAUACCUUUACACCAUGAAGAGGUAUCACUCCAAUCAUCACUUCGUCAAUCAUGACAAAGCUUUUGGUAUCAGCAGUCAAAUAUGGGAUUACGUUUUCAAAACAUAUGUCCACAUAAAAAAAUUAGGAUUUAGUUUAUAUUGGUCUUAA